GGAAGGUAGGGAGACCUGAGCCAAGAGAGAUUAACUCUAUCAAGGUAUCUUAAAGUAUCGGCAGCAGCAGCCAGUUUAGCAAACUGAGAAAGGAUAUAAAAGAAAACUUAACUGGGGAUGGACUCCCUGGAGAGGAUGGGGAAGGAGAACAACACCUCAGUGACUGAAUUCAUCCUCCUUGGUCUCUCCAGCAACCCAGCAGAGGAGCUCGUUUUCUUUGAGGUCUUCACAGCCAUCUAUCUGGUAGCCCUGAUGGGCAAUGUGCUCAUCUUACUGCUGGUCAGCCUGGACUCCCAGCUCCACAUGCCCAUGUACUUCCUCCUGGGAAACCUCUCCAUAGUGGACAUCGGCUACACCAGCUCCACCGUGCCCAGGAUGCUGGCCAAUUAUCUUUCGGGGGACAAGUCCAUCUCAUGGGCCGGUUGCCUCUCUCAGAUGUUCUUCUUCAUCUCCUUUGGGGGGGUCGAAUGCCUGAUUCUGGGGGUCAUGGUCUAUGACUGCUACUUGGCCAUCUGUCACCCGCUACACUAUGGCAUGUUCAUGAGCCCGAGGGUGUGCACACUGCUGGCUGAAGCUGCCUGGGUCAUGGGCUUGACCAACUCGGCCGUGCACUCAUCCCUGAUGUCCAUCCUGUCUUUCUGCUGGGGCAAUAUCCUCCACCAUUUCUUCUGCGACAUCCCCCCGCUCUUCCAGCUCUCCUGCUCUGACACCCGGGCCAACCAAGCUGUCACCAUUGUUGUGGGAGGUGCUAUCAUCUUCAGCUCGUUGCUGGGGACCCUAGUGUCCUAUGUGCACAUCACUAUGGCCGUUCUCAGGAUCUGCACGAGAGAAGAGAGCCUCAAUGCCUUUUCCACCUGUGCCUCCCACCUGACCGUGGUCAGCCUUUACUUUGGCACCAUCCUCUUCACCUACCUCUGCCCCAACUCCACCUACUCGCAGGAGCAGGACCGGGCACUGCCCAUGCUCUAUGGCAUCAUCAUCCCCAUGCUCAACCCCAUCAUCUACAGCCUGAGGAACAAGGAUGUGAAAGGGGAUCUCCAAAAAUCCCUGGGUAGAAGCUAG